CCAGGACACAACUGCCAUCUGGUGUCGUAGGGCUAUAAACUAUUUUUAAUUUGCUUUUAUAAUAGCGAAUAUCAAUAUUCAAAACAAAAACAAUUAAAUUUUCAACAUCGACUACGAAGAGAACUUUUUAUAAAAUAAAAAAGCUAAAAAAAAUGUGAAAAUAAAAAAAAUAACAAUUAAAUAGAUGUAAGAGACCGUCACAAAGCCUGCUUUUGUCGCAAAGCCUGUGGAGUGACAAACGUAGGGAAUCAAGUGGAAACGAGCUUUAUGUUGGCUUUCAAGGAAGAGGUCACCAAAAUAAGUAAACAAAAGGCUAACACCAGGUGUUUAAGCGAGUUUUGUUGCGAGCUGCAUUUUGAUCUUUGCUGGAAGAUUCUAACGAGUAAACCGUUAACGGUACUUAAAUAUUGUUUGCCACCAAAUUAAGUUCGUUUUACACAGUCUUAAGAUAUUGAUGUUGUCUACGACAAGCACUACGUGCACUUUAUCUUUUAUAUAAAAACCUGCAAACCUUCUACGAGGUAAUCUUUUGGUUUUUAAUAAAAAGGAGAUCUACGUCUCACAAAACUUGAAAACUUUAUUUUGUUUUUUUUUUUCAUACAAAAUCUUGGACAAAUUGGAUUGAUGCCAAACAUUUGGUCCUUCGAACCGGAUUCCUGAAUUGAGUACUGGAUUUUAUUGGCAUCUUUUGAAGUCCAUCAUCCUCAAUAAUACAGUCCACUGGCAAUAUAUUUAUUAUUUAUUUCUACGAAAUAAUUAAGGUACGUAAAUAUAUUUUGUGAGCAAAAGUGAAGUGAUAAAAAACUCGGUUGUUUUAACGCGCACACAUACACAAAGUUCUUUUUGUAUUUUUUCGUCAUUUUUACUUUUAAUAUUUAAUACAGUGCAAUCUAUCCCUUAAUUAAUUUUUUUGGAAAUUUUAAUUUUUUUUUGCUCCGACUGACAAUAAAUUAAAGUUAUUUUUUUAUUUUCAAUAAAUUAGUGUUUUUAUAUUUUCUUUUGUGCUUCAUUUGUUUACAGAUUUACAUCUGUAAAAUAUAAAAACAAAAUACAUAUACGGUUAAUUCUUGUUCUUCCAUUAUAUUGGUCACCCUACGGUCGGUCAGUUUAGCCAUUGUCACGUUUGUUGCUUGACAUUUAAAACUAAUUAUAAUAUUUUUUGUCGUGAAUUAGUUCUGAUUUUUAAUUUCCUUACAUUUUAUUAAUUUUUUUUAAUAUUAAACAUGUCUGUUACGCCACUAAACGAAUUUAUUAGAGCAUCGGAUGCUCUUGUCACUUUCGGCGCAAUGUUUAAUGAUUUAGGUGAGGAAAUUCAUAACGUUUAUACAUUAGAGAUUCAGGGCGAGGAAAUAAGACGAUUGUGGGAGGAAGUUAGGACAUCUUAUACAGCUUGUCUAAAGUUUUUCGAAACUUCUGCCUCCAGUAAAUCUAGUGAUGUAGACGUGGCUGCUUCGAAGUAUCAGACCACAUAUAUGGCUUAUUUUCAAUGUUUAGGCUCUAUUAAUCAGAAAAUGGACAAAUUUAAACGUGAUUCGAAGAAUAGUAACUCUUCAGCGGUAAAUUUAAAUUGUGGCAAUUCAGAACACAAUCUGACUCUACCCCCUUGUGAUGUCGACACAUUCGGUGGGGAUUAUGUUUCUUGGCCUACUUUUCGAGAUUUAUUCACGGCAAUUUAUAUAAAUAGCUCGCGGCUUAGUAAUAUAGAACGUCUUUGCCAUUUAAUACGUAAAACCGAGGGUGAAGCUAAAGAUAUUGUGACAAAAUAUCCAUUAAUUAAUGAAAGUUUUGACUUAGCCUGGCGCGAUUUGAAAGAAACAUAUGAAAAUACUCGUAUGUUGGUACAUAACCAACUCAAACUUUUAUUUGGUCUUCCUUCCUUUGACAAGGAAUCAAUAACAGCCCUUAAAACUUUACAACGAGGAAUUAAUAGUUGCCUUACGGCUCUUUCUAUUUAUAAAAUUCCUACUGAGAAUUGGGACCCAAUUAUUAUUUUCAUAUGUAUUCAGCGUCUGCCUAGGUCAACUGUGAUUUUAUGGGAACAGGGCGUUAAGGACAAAUCUGUGUUGUCUACUUGGCAUGAUUUUGAUAACUUUCUGACGGAAAGAAUUCAAACAUUGCAAUGUCUUCACGACCUUAAAGAGACCAACUCUACUGAUGUGGAAUCUUCAGUACAUUCUUACGAUGCUACUUCCUCAAAACCAUCGUGUAUAUUGUGUCCAAACCAGUCCCAUUUUUUGCGAAAUUGUCGAAAGUUUAAAAAUCUUUCAAUAAUGGAAAGAAUUUCUACCGUAAACAAAUAUAAUUGCUGUUCUAAUUGCCUUUCGAGGACACAUAAUGUCAGCAAUUGUAAAGUUAAUAGUAAUUGUUUUAUUUGCAAUAAUCGGCACCAUUCUAUGCUUCAUAUUCAGCAUACAGAAAUGCCUUCUGUUUCUACUGAACAGAAUUCUGGUGCGGUUCUACGAACCACUAAUUCGCCUCAAAAUAAUCAACCAUCGACAACGUCGAAUAAUAUUACGUCAAACCGUCAAGUAUUUCAUACUAGAUAUAAUCAGUUCGUACUCUUAGGGACAGCGACUGUUAAUAUAAAACAUAAUAACAAUAAGUAUCAGGUCCGUGCUUUGAUUGAUCCGGGUUCGGAAUGCUCGUUUAUUACUGAGCGAUUACGAAAAAGGUUUAACAUUUCCUCGCGUUCUACGAAUGUUGAAAUUUCUGGUGUCAAUAAUACUGCAUCAGUAGUUUCAAGAAAUAUUUGUUCUUUGAAAAUCGGAUCUAACUUCGAUUCUUCCGUAGAACUAAAUAUAAAUGCAUUUGUUUUACCAGAAAUAUCGACAAAUUUGCCUACGACUUCCGUCAACGCCAACAUUCAAAAAUUAUUGCCAAAUCUUCGUUUGGCGGAUUUUAAUCCUUUUGAUAGCCGACCUAUUGAUAUCCUUAUUGGCGCUGAUCUAUACCCUUGGAUUGUUUUACCGGAUAUACAACGAAACUUAUUAGGGUCGUUAUUAGCACAAAAGACGAUUUUUGGCUGGAUUCUGACAGGUCCAGUUAAUCCUAAUCAAUUUAAUUCAGUUUUUAACUUUCCGGAAUAUUCGACUUGGUCGCAUAGGAAUUGAAAUACUUUUAUCGAAAAAUUUACUUCAUUAUCACUAAAUAAGCUCACUAAAAUAUUGUUACGAAAUUGAAUUUGCAUUUAAACUAAACGGUUUUUAACGGCCAGUUCCCGACAUUUCUUAGCGACUAACAUUUGGGUGGCAUCACUAAGCGUUGAAGAGGUGUGUGUCUCCACUAAACAUUGACUUACAUCAGUAGAAGUAUCUAGAUGAUGGAGCCAGAAUAAACUGGAAAUAUAAAGAAGGUGAUGCCCAUGUAUAAAUAGCGGUGGCAAUCACCAAAUGAGUCAGUCUGUAAUAAAUCGUCAUUGAGUAAAGUUAAUAAAGUCAAGUGUGCUUUCGUGUGUUAAAGAUAAAAAGACAGCCUUACAGUCUACUAUAUAAGUUGUGUUAUAAAAGUAUUUGUGUAUAAAACU